UACUACUAAAUUCAUUCAUAAUCAAAACAAAAUGGAAAGAAUAGGACUUUUAGGUCGGUUAAUAGUCCAAAAAACCACUGCCAGGAGCUUUUUCCAGUUCGGCAAGGCGAAGGGAGAUACCGGCAAAUAUGAACAGAUCGUUUCUACCGGCCUGGUUUCCCCGGAACGGAGUGUUCCCGAGGACAUCGCCAAGCCACCGUACUACUUCGAAAACAUGCCCCCGGGCAACACCUUGGGAACACCAGAAAUUAAGAGCCAAAGUCAGAUAGAUGCAAUGCGUCUGAGCGGAAAACUCGCGGCCCGUGCUUUACGCGAAUGCGGUAGGCUAGCAACAGUUGGCAGAAGCACCGAUGACAUUGACGCCUUUGCACACGGUAGAAUAAUUGAGGCCAAGGCAUAUCCCUCUCCCCUGAGAUACGCCGGAUUCCCCAAGUCCAUCUGCACUUCGAUCAACAACAUAGCCUGCCACGGAAUCCCAGAUGACCGCCAGUUGGCCAACGGCGAUAUCAUAAAUAUCGAUGUCACAGUCUUCCUGAAUGGCUACCAUGGCGACUGUUCGGAAACCUUUCUCGUGGGCGAGGUGGACGAGCGGGGGAGCUUCCUUGUGGAGGCCACAAAGUCGUGUCUGGAUCAGUGUAUUUCGCUGUGUGGCCCUGGCGUGGAGUUCAACGAGAUUGGCAAGUUCAUACAGAGAUUCGGAGACGAAAGAGGGCUCGAGUCGAUUGCUGCCUUCAUAGGACACGGAAUCGGAAGCUAUUUCCACGGUCCCCCGGAGAUACUUCACUAUUACAAUGAGUUCCCCGGAAAGAUGCUGCCCGGCAUGACCUUCACCAUCGAACCCAUUCUGUCCCUGGGCGGAUCUGACAUAGGAGUGCUGGAAGAUGGCUGGACGGCGAUUAGCUUGGACGGCGCACGUAGCGCCCAGUUUGAGCACACCAUUUUGAUCACCGAGACGGGAACGGAGAUACUCACAAGAGACCCAUAG